UGAAACUACAUUACCCAGAAUGCACUGCGCCGGAAGGGUCCAGUCAGAAUCUAAACGGCUAACAGAGCAGCUGAGCUUCAGAAAGUCCCGAAAACGCCUCAAAAUACCGGAAUAACUCAACUCGGUUUACGUUCCACGGGAUUGUAAGAUUGUUAUGAAGCUACCGGACCGGUGAGGCAGGGUUUUAACCGGAACCUCUCCGUGUGAGCCAUGGAUUCACCGGCUUGUGUCGGUUAGCGUUAGCAUGCUAGGCUAAGCUAACGCGUUGCUAAAGGACUUUCAGACUGUUGUUGUUUCAGAGUCCGGUUUAUCUCCAGAUCAGGAUGACCCUCGCCCCGAAGGAGCUGUCCAACCUGCUGAGCAUCAUCUCUGAGGAGGCGUGCACCAACACCUUUGAGAGUCUCUCCACGCACUUCCACCACUACUUUGGGAAGGCGGAGCACUUCAGGGUGGGCUCGGUGCUGGUGAUGCUCCUGCAGCAGCCCGACCUGCUGCCCUCCUCCCCCCAGAGGCUCACUGCGCUCUACCUGCUGUGGGAGAUGUACCGCACCGAGCCGCUGGCCGCCAACCCCUUCGCUGCCGUGUUCGCUCACCUGCUGAACCCCUCGCCUGCAGCGGGGGAGGAGCCCGAGAAGCUGCUCUCAGGCUUCCUGCCUCCCAUCACUCAGCCGGAGAAGUUCUUCCUGUCUCAGCUGAUGCUCGCCCCCCCCAGGGAUCUGUUCAAGAAGACCCCCCGCCAGGUGUCCUGCAUGGACGUGGGCAACAUGCCGCAGGCCAUCGACAUCAGCGGCCUGCAGCUGGCUCUAGCAGAGCGUCAGUCGGAGCUUCCCACUCAGAGUAAAGCCAGCUUCCCGAGCCUCCUGAACGACCCCGACCCCGACUCCUCCAACUCGGGCUUCGACAGCUCCGUGGCCAAUCAGAUCAUCGAGUCUCUGGUGACCGGGCCCCGCCCCCCCCUGGAGAGUCACUUCCGGCCAGAGUUCAUCCGGCCGCCCCCCCCUCUGCACGUGUGCGAGGACGAGCUGGCCUGGCUGAACCCCACGGAGCCAGACCACAGCGUCCAAUGGGAUCGCUCCAUGUGUGUGAAGAACAGCACCGGGCUGGAGAUCAAACGCAUCAUGGCCAAAGCCUUCAAGAGCCCGCUGUCCGCCCAGCAACAGGCCCAGCUGCUGGCGGAGCUGGAGAAGGACCUGAAGCUGGUGUACCACAUUGGUCUGUCCCCCUCCAAGCUGCCGGACCUGGUGGAGAACAACCCUCUGGUGGCCAUCGAGAUGCUGCUGAAGCUCAUGCAGAGCUCUCAGAUCACUGAGUACUUCUCUGUGCUCGUCAACAUGGACAUGUCCCUGCACAGCAUGGAGGUCGUCAACAGGUUGACCACGGCUGUGGAUCUUCCUCCAGAGUUCAUCCACCUCUACAUCUCCAACUGCAUCUCCACCUGUGAGCAGAUCAAGGACAAGUACAUGCAGAACCGUCUGGUGCGCCUGGUCUGCGUCUUCCUCCAGUCUCUGAUCCGGAACAAGAUCAUCAACGUCCAGGAUCUGUUCAUCGAGGUGCAGGCCUUCUGCAUCGAGUUCAGCCGCAUCAGAGAAGCUGCCGGACUGUUCAGGCUGCUGAAGACCCUCGACACCGGAGAGACCCCCGAGAGCAAGCCCGUUAAAUAGUGAUCUCACAGAGACUGUUCCUGAGACUCAGCACCGCCCCUCCAUCAGCUGGGAGUAGAGUUCAUUUUGUAAAUAUUUAGUGACUUUAAACCGGUUCUCUCUCUUUUCCAGAAGUUUAAAACAGGACUCGUUUCACCGUCUCAUUUUUUUACCACAUCUCUUUUUCUUUGGAAAUCUCGCCAUGUUGUCUCUGAUUAAACAACCGAUGUUUAACUGAC